UUGCUACCGCUUCCGGGGCGGGACGCGGCGAGAGGGGUUUACGGUGCCUCAGCCAGCUCCUGGCCGGUGUCUCAGCGCUCCUUGCAGUAAUGAGCUUUCUCAGAAGUUUCCCGCCGCCCGGGUCGACUGAGGGCCUACGGCAGCAGCAACCAGACACCGAGGCUGUGCUGAACGGGAAGGGCCUCGGUACCGGCACCCUUUACAUCUCUGAAAGCCGCCUGUCUUGGUUAGAUGGCUCUGGAUUAGGAUUCUCCCUGGAAUACCCCACCAUUAGUUUGCAUGCAGUAUCCAGGGACCUAAACGCCUAUCCACGAGAGCAUCUCUAUGUUAUGGUGAAUGCCAAAUUUGGAGAAGAAUCAAAAGAAUCUGUUGCUGAUGAAGAAGAGGAAGAUAGUGAUGAUGACAUUGAACCUAUUGCUGAAUUUAGAUUUGUGCCUAGUGAUAAAUCAGCAUUGGAGGCCAUGUUCACUGCAAUGUGUGAAUGCCAGGCUUUGCAUCCAGAUCCUGAGGAUGAAGAUUCAGAUGAUUAUGAUGGAGACGAAUAUGAUGUGGAAGCCCAUGAACAAGGGCAGGGGGACAUCCCUACAUUUUAUACCUAUGAAGAAGGAUUAUCCCAUUUAACAGCAGAAGGCCAAGCCACACUGGAGAGAUUGGAAGGAAUGCUUUCUCAGUCUGUGAGCAGCCAGUAUAACAUGGCUGGAGUCCGGACAGAAGAUUCAAUAAGAGAUUAUGAAGAUGGGAUGGAGGUGGAUGCUGCACCAACGGUUGCUGGACAGUUUGAGGAUGCAGACGUUGAUCACUGAAAUGAUGGAUGCUGCUUUAGGAUUCUGCUCAUAACUGUAGGAGAGAACUUGGUGCCUCUUCCACUGUGGAGUGGGUGUUGAUGAAAGUCUUUUUCUUUCUCCAAAACUUACCUGAACCAGUUCUUUCUUGAGACAGAGUAUACUGAGACAAGAAGCUGUCACCAGCACAAGAAACUAUGACCUUUAUUAACAAAGGUGGAUGAACUUAACUAGGAGGGCUAUUUGUAGUUUAUGAUUUACCCCAAACCUUUGUGUCUAGGUGUACCCUCUGAGUAGGCCUAUGAUUCCCACCUUCACUCUAUGCAUCCUCAAAACCUAUCAGGACUAAGGGGUGGAAAUGCACUGGCGUUUGAAGGUGUAGGUAGACUGCGUGGGAAAGAAAGGCUGAAUCUAAGCUAUACUCCUUAGGGCCUAAGGAUACCCUUAACUCCUUAAAAAAAAAAACAGAGGUCUCAGAGAAAUCCUGAUCUCUGCACUUUCCACAGGGAUAAAGGUCUUUUUACUAAUAGGGGACCCAGGUUAGUUAACUCUAGGGAGCCUCUUCAGAAAUAGCCCAGCCACAUGUACUCCCACUAACACAAGUGCUCCUGCCUAGCCUUUGCUCCUUUCACCAUGUUUCAUCAUUCUGUUCUGUUAUAACUGCUUAGGUUGUAUCCUUUCAUUUCCAGCCUCUCAGGUCAGUUUCUGUAAAAGAACAAGCGAAAUUGCGAUGAAGUUCUCAAAGUAUUUCAGAUAAUUGUUUUGUCUUUGUGAUAGCUUAACAAAUAAAUUUAGGUUUUCUAUA